AUGGAAAGACAAGGUGUCUAUCCAAAUAAGGAAUCAUUCGAGUUAUUAUUAAAAGCUAUAACUACAGAAACUAAAGGACAUGAUUCAUACUCUGUCAGAGCUACUCACUUGGUCACAGAUGAUUUACCAAAAUUAUCAAUCGAAGAAGGCCUUGAAAAAACAAUAUCGGGAGAAUUCCAAGAAUUGUUAACUACCAAAGAUCCACAAGAAUCUUCAAAGAGUACAUACACAAUAAAUUUUGGACCGCAACAUCCAGCUGCUCAUGGAGUUCUUCGAUUGAUUUUGGAAUUAGAUGGUGAAGUGAUAAAAAGAGCAGAUCCGCAUAUUGGUCUUUUACAUAGAGGAACAGAAAAACUUAUAGAAUAUAAAACUUAUUUACAGGCACUCCCAUAUUUUGAUCGUUUAGAUUAUGUUUCAAUGAUGACAAAUGAGCAAUGUUAUUCAUUAGCAGUUGAGAAAUUGUUGAAUAUUGAAAUUCCCGAACGUGCAAAAUUUAUUCGUACAUUGUUUGGAGAAAUUACAAGAUUAAUGGAAUAUUAUGAACGUGUAUCGGGAGCUCGAAUGCACGCAGCAUAUGUACGACCAGGCGGAGUGUCUCAGGAUAUGCCAUUAGGCUUGAUGGAAGAUAUAUAUCAAUGGGCAACACAAUUCGGUGCUCGCGUAGAUGAAGUUGAAGAGGUUUUAUCAGCAAAUCGUAUAUGGAAAAAUAGGACUAUGGAUGUUGGUUUAGUUACUGCACAGCAAGCACUGGAUUAUAGUUUUUCUGGUGUGAUGUUACGUGGCUCAGGUAUCAAUUGGGACAUACGUAAAGUUCAACCAUAUGACGCAUAUGAUAAAGUUGAAUUUGAUGUCCCAGUUGGUACAAAAGGUGACUGUUACGAUCGUUUUCUUUGUCGUGUCGAAGAAAUGCGACAAAGUCUAAGGAUUAUUCAUCAAUGUUUGAACAAAAUGCCAACCGGAGCUGUUAAAACCGAUGAUUGGAAAAUAGUUCCUCCUAAUAGAUCGUCCAUGAAAGAGUCUAUGGAGGCAUUAAUUCAUCAUUUCAAGUUAUUUUCUGAAGGUUUUACUGUUCCACCCGGAGAAACUUAUACUGCAAUUGAAGCACCCAAAGGGGAAUUUGGUGUUUAUUUAGUUUCAGAUGGCACCAAUCGUCCAUAUAGGUGUAAAAUACGCGCACCAGGUUUUGCACAUUUAGCUGGUUCAAACUUCAUGAGUACUGAUCAUUUUAUUGCUGACAUGGUAGCAAUUAUCGGUACUAUGGAUGUAGUCUUUGGUGAAAUUGAUCGAUAA